GCACGAGCUAGCAUUUACCCGCACCUCUCUCGAGCCUCGAGCCAGACUGCCCCGGACUGCCCUGGACUGCCUGACUGCCAGACGGCGCUGGAACCUCCCCUUGCUCCCCUGCCAGGCGAUACCUGGCCCUGCCUGGCUAACUCGUUGAGAGCCGAGACCAAAACGAGGCCAAUGGGCCGUCCGGAGCCGACCUCCAACAAGCGCGCCUCGUACUGCAUGGUACUCAGAACAAGGGUCCGCACCACGCCAGGCUGCCCCAUCUCCGGCCACAUCGCAUGUCUCUUGCCCAUGGGGCCGCAGGGGCGCCAUGUGCCCACCAAUGGCAGCAAUGCGGGGGAUCCACGAACCAGCCUUUUAUGUGCCUUGUUGUCGGUCGCCUGUCUUUUCUAACGUUGCACUGUCGCGUUGUAGUACACAUAUAAAGUUAUGCAUCUCGCCUCCACCCCUCCUCUCGUCUCCCAGCCUCUCGGGUCACGAAACGUUGGGUGGACUUGAACCUGUUCCAACUGUUCCCAAUCUGCCACUGAGAUAGACAGAGAUACUACUCAGCCAGCCAUGGCGACCAUUGACGAAAAGCCUACGGGCGUCCAGAGUGUCGACCACCAUGACGAUGUCGCGAACGUCGACCACGCUGUUCACAUCGCCCAUGAGACCGAGGGCAAGAUCUCUCCUUGGACGUGGAACAUGUUCCGCCUCUACCUGGUCCUCGCCGUUGCUUACCUCUGCGGCUGCUUGAAUGGCUAUGACGGGUCGCUUAUGGGUGGUUUGAAUGGAAUGAAGGCUUAUCAGACAUACUUCAACAUGACUGGGGAAGGAUCCUCAACCGGUCUCGUUUUCGCCAUGUACAACAUUGGUUCGGUGGCCGCUGUCUUCCUCACCGGCCCCGCGAAUGAUCUGCUCGGACGCCGCGCCGGCAUGUUCAUCGGUGCCGCCAUUGUUGUCAUCGGAACAUGCGUCCAGGCUCCGUCAACCACCUCGGGACAGUUCCUCGGCGGUCGAUUCGUCCUUGGUUUCGGUGUCAGCUUCUGCUGCGUCUCCGCCCCAACAUAUGUCAGCGAGAUGGCGCACCCGGCCUUCCGUGGCACCUUGACAGGACUCUACAACUGCACCUGGUAUAUCGGAAGUAUCAUUGCCUCUUGGGUCGUCUAUGGCUGUGCAUUUAUCCCCGACCACACCAAGGCGUGGAGAAUCCCCAUCUGGUGCCAGAUGAUUACUUCUGGGUUUGUCGUGCUGUUCGCCUUCUUCCUGCCCGAGUCGCCUCGCUGGCUCAUUGCCCGUGACAGGCACGAGGAGGCGGCCGCAGUCCUGACCAAGUACCACGGCGAGGGCGACCCGAACCACCCCUACGUGCAGCUCCAGAUGAAGGAGAUGGCCAACCAGAUCUCCAGCGAGGCAUCCGACAAGAAGUGGUGGGACUACCACGAGCUGUGGGACACCCACUCGGCCCGCAGGCGUCUCAUUUGUGUCCUCGGUAUGGCUUGCUUCGGUCAACUCAGCGGUAACUCUCUGUCGAGCUACUACCUGCCCACCAUGCUUGUCAACGCCGGCAUCAAGGAGCAACACAAGGUCCUGGCGCUGAACGGUAUUAACCCUGUGCUCUGCUUCUUCGGGGCUUGUCUUGGUGCUCGCAUGACCGAUGUUGUGGGACGACGGCCUCUGCUGCUGUACUCGAUCGUCUUCUCCUCCUUCUGUUUCGCCAUCCUCACUGGUACCUCCAAGUUAUCUAUCGACCAGCCAGACAAUGUCGCCGCCGCCAACACCACCGUCGCCUUUAUCUUUAUCUUCGGCAUUGUCUUCUCAUUCGGUUGGACGCCCCUUCAGAGCAUGUACAUCGCCGAGACUCUGCCCACGAGCACCCGCGCCAAGGGAACCGCCGUCGGUAACUUUGCCUCUGCCGUCUCCAGCACCAUCAUCCAGUACAGCUCCGGGCCGGCCUUCGAGAAGAUUGGCUUUUACUUCUACAUCGUCUUCAUCUUCUGGGACCUGUUCGAGGGCGCCUUCAUGUACUUCUUCUUCCCCGAGACCAAGGGCCGUACUCUUGAGGAGCUCGAGGAAGUCUUCUCCGCGCCGAACCCUGUCAAGAAGUCUCUUGAGAAGAGAAGCGCCCAGACUGUGAUGAACACGAUGAAUGUGCAGGCCGAUGAUAAGGAGGUUUACGUUUAAUGAGCGGCGUAGGUUUAUAAUCAAGGGCCUAGUGCCAUCCUGGGAGAGCCGCCUCAGCACAUUCGAUGCUUAGAGACAGACAUCCAUACUUCG